AUGGGGCCGCGCGGCGGCGGCGGCGGGCGGGGGCGGGGCGGCGGGGGCGCCGUCGGGGCCGUCGGGGCCGGGGCGCGGGGCCGGGCCGCACGUCGGGGCCGCCGUCCCGCUCCCGUCCCGCGCCCCGAUGGGCCGGCCCGGCCAGACGCCUCCCCGCCAUCCCGCCGCCCCGCUGGAGUCGCGACCCCCCCCGACGGCCGCUCCGCCGGGUGCCCGUCCGGCGGCGGGGCUUGGUCCCGGCAACCCCGCAGCUGCCCGGCCCCCGCGGCCCCCGCGCUUGAACCGUGGGGCCGGACCGACCGCCCCGACGGCGGCGCGAAGCGGAGCGGCGGCCCCAGGCGGUGCCCGGGGCCGGGCGGGGCGGGGGGAGGCGGGGUAUCCCCGCGGGGCCGGAUUCCGUUCGGGCUGAAUUUGCGGCCCGGCGGCGGGAGCCCGGCGCGCGGUCGCCGAGCGAGUUUGCAGACGCUCCCUGACGAUUCAAUUACUGCGACGCGCCGAGGCGCUCCGACCGCCGCGCAGCCGGGCGGGCCGGCCCGCCCAGCCACCGGCCCCGCCGGCCCGCCCAGCCACCGGCCCCGCCGGCCCGCCCAGCCACCGGCCCCGCCGGCCCGCCCAGCCACCGGCCCCGCCGCCCCGAGCCGCCGCGGCCCCGCCGCCCAAGCCCGUGGGGGCCGGGGGUGCCUUUCCCGCCCCCUUCCCUCCCUGCCCGGGCUGGAGCGCAGGGUCGGGCCGGGCCCCGACGGCCGCGGCGGAGCUGCCCGGAGCCACUGGCUGCCGCUUCCCGGUGCGGCGGGGGCGGCCGUCGGGGGGGACUCCCCGGCUCACUUGCACAGAGGGGCACCCCCCGCCCCGCCCGGCGGCACCACCGCGUCUGUUAAACACCCCCUCCCGCCCCGGGGAGAGCGCCCGGUGUCGGCUCCGGGCGGCGUAACCGGAUUGUCCCCGCUCGGUGCGGCGGGUGCGAGUGGAGCCGCCAUCAGCCGCCGCUAUCCCGGAGCGGAGCUAAUGGGAUUGACACGAUGCCGGCGUGACGGUGCGGGGUCGCCCGGCGCCACCGGGAACGGCGGCAGGACCCCAGCCCUCGGGGCCCCGCUCCGGCCGGCCCGGCGGGGAGGGCGGGGAGGCGGCGGGGCGGGGGUGGGAGCUCUCCCGCAGCCGCCUCGUCUCCCUCGCCCCUCGGCGGGCGGGGGCGCGCAGCCCCGCGCAGCCCCGCUCCGGCCCCAAAACCCCCCGCCGCUUUGCCGAGGGCCGCGUUUCUUUGGGGCCGGGCCACGCUGUCGGGCUCCGCUCCCCGCCCCGGGACCCCCGCCCCCGGCACCCCCCGCCCGCCCUGCGCGGAACGAGAGAAGCUGCGGCCCCGACGGGGCGGCCGGGCCCGGAGCCGGGUCCCCGGGUCCCGCCCCGGCACAGCGCGGCUCUGCGACCCCCAGCAAUGACCGCGGCAUGGCUAUGAACCCACCCGCCCAAACCCGCGCUUCUCCGUGCCAUCGGGGUGCCAGACCCGGCUCUGGGCUGGCCCUGCUGGGCGUGGGGGGCCGCGGGACUCCCGAGCAGGCACAGGGCACCGGCAGUGUGUCCCCAGCACCCUGUACCAAGGCAGGCUCCCCCAACACAGGGCCACAGCUGAGUGCAAAGAGCCCUGCACCCAGCAGGGCUCUGGCCAGGCACCAGGCACGGCACGGCACGGCACGGCACGGCAUGGCGCGGCACAGCACGGCGUGGCGUGGCGUGGCACAACACAGCAUGCUGUAG